GCCAAGAUGGCGGCAGCAGUGGGGAAGUGCCGUGUGGCGAGCGGGCGGUGAAGCCGCUUCCGCCGCGGCGGCCUCUCCAGCAGUAAAAAUGGCGGAGUCGGUGCUGGAAGUUGUGGGCAAGCUGCAGUCGCGGCUGGCGGGUAGCUCGGAGCCCAAGAAGCUGCUGAAAAGUCUGAAGAGGCUGUCUGAGUUGCCCAUCACAGUUGACAUUCUUGUGGAGACAGGCGUUGGGAAGACUGUGAACAGUUUACGGAAGCACGAGUUUGUAGGAGACUUUGCGAAGAACCUCGUAGCCAGGUGGAAGAAGCUAGUGCCAGUGUCCCAAGAGGCAGACAGAAAUAACCUAGAUUCUGAAGACCGUGACUAUGAGAGGAGCAGCUCAAGCAAAAGGCAUCAAGAACCCUCCCUCAGAGAGGAUGAAGAACCUGACCAGGAGUAUUCGGAACCCUUCCAGCCAUCUUGCAGCCAGUCCUAUAGCCCAGAUCAUAGGGAAAAGAAGUCCAAAAGGUAUCCUAGGCCUGAGAGAGCCCAUGAGACUUACGGCUAUAGCAGCCACGAGGGGAAGGGUUGGGGCAGAUCUUCCCCAGUGCUCUCUUCAGAUCAGGAGUACUCGGACUAUGGACAAGCUGUGUCACCUGAGCCAAGUGAGAGCCCUCAGGAUAUGUACACAGACCCUUAUGCCUCUGAGGAGCAGGAAGAACCGACAGUAUUUCAUCGGAAAGCCAGUAAAGGCCACAGCUUUCAGGAGAAGCUGGGGGGAGGCCGGGAGAGGAACCCCGGUGAGUUAUACAACAAAGGGAACAUGAGUCGAAGCAAAGAGCACAAGUCUUCUCACAAGAAGCAGCGACUUGAUGGCAGAGGGGAGGACAGGACCUCUGCCUUCAGCCCAGAAAGAUUGCACAAGACCUCUUUUAAAGAGCAACUCCAAGAAGCCCCCAUGGCAGGGAGCAGCAAGGAGAAGCAGAGGAUGUCAGAUGGUACCAAGAAGGAGAAGAACCGAGAAAGCGGUGCCUCCAGAAAGGAGAAGUUGCACAUGUUGCCGCAUUUGGAAGUGUCUUUGGACAACCAUGUUAAGAAGCAAAAACAUCGGGACUCUGAAAAAAGCAAAUUGGAAAAGCCCAAGCUGAGCCUGGAGACCUCUAAUACAGAGCAGGAGAAACGGAAAGCUGAGAGUGACUCGUCAAAUAGGAUUAAAGAAAAGGGGAUUUCUGGGAGCUUAAAAUCUUCAGAGGGGAAGCGCAAAGUCUCUGAUGUGGACAAAAAAUCAAUGGGCUUUUCCUCAAAUUUUGGGGAGGGGGAAGCAGAGGAUGAAUUUGAACAACCUACAAUGUCCUUUGAGUCAUAUCUCAGCUACGACCAGCCUCAGAAAAAGAAAAAGAAAGCGGCCAAACCCUCUGCGUCAGCUGGGGAGAAAGACCAAGGGCACAGCAAACAGAAUGGAUCCAAAGCUAGUACCAACAGCUCAAGCUCGAGUCGGAAAAGUCCAAGCCACAAGCGAACAAGUGAGAAAAAGGCAGAGAAGAAACUACCAGAGCCUCCUCAACCAAAGAGGAUACUUUUAGAUGUGGUACCAACGUUACCAGACAUCCCACUGCCCCCGAUCCAGGCCAAUUACCGCCCUCUUCCUUCAAUCGAGUCCAUUACCUGCUCCCAGACAAAAAGGAAAGCAGUCUCCUCGCCAGUGGAAGAGAGUGAAGCGGGUUUUACAGGCCGCCGGUUGAAUUCAAAGAUGCAAGUGUAUUCAGGCUCUAAAACUGCCUACCUCCCAAAGAUGAUGUCCCUGUAUCAGCAAUGUAUCAGAGUCCUCAGUAACAACAUUGACUCAAUCUAUGAAGUGGGUGGUGUCCCUUUCUCAGUGCUGGAGCCAGUAUUGGAGAGAUGCACCCCAGAACAGCUGUAUCGCAUCGAGGAAUGUAAUCACGUCCUUGUUGAGGAUACGGAUCAACUGUGGCACAAUCACUGUCUCCGAGACUUCAAGAACGAGAAGCCAGAAGAGUUUGAGUCCUGGCGGGAGAUGUACCUUCGACUUCAUGACGCACGAGAGCAGCGGCUGCUCAUGUUAGCACGGAACAUCGGCUCAGCUCAUGCCAACAAACCCAAAGGUAGAGUGGCCAAAAUGGCGUUUGUGAACUCUGCAGCAAAGCCCCCUCGGGAUGUACGAAGGAGACAAGAGAAGUUUGGAACUGGAGGACCUCUUCUGCCAGAGAAGACCAAAAUAAAACCAGUCCUGUACACAUCUAGCAAAAGCCACACUCGUGUGAGUGAGGAGCAGUCCUAUGAUGGGCCCAGCACCAGCAGUGCCCAUUCUGUCCCAUCUUCGGGUAGCACCUUCUCCUCCUAUGACCCCAGGAAACCACCAGUGAAGAAAAUUGCACCCAUGAUGGCAAAGACUAUCAAAGCUUUCAAAAACAGGUUCUCUCGGAGAUAAGUUUGCAGUGCAGAUCUGGGACUUUCCCUCUCGUGGGGGAGUGGCACUGAAGGGGGAGAAGGUACCCAAACGGCUCUUUUCUUUGAACUUUUUGGAGGCUGCAGCUGCUGGGAGAAGCUUUGAUCUGCACAAGACAACAGCACAGUAUUUUAUCUUUUAUUCUGGUCCUUUUCUCAGUGUCAAGUCCCCCUCUUUUUCCCCUGCCCUUAACAUCCUGUUUCUAGUUUUGUCAUCUGUCAAAAGAAGGGUGUACAGAAUCUCCUGACACAAGAAAAUGUGAAGUCUUGGCACCUGCUGAGAGUGGAAGAUCCAGAGACUAUUAACUAUUUAACCUUUUAAUAAAUUAUAAAAUGGUUUUAAUUAAUAUUUUGCCCCUCUAUCCUGCUGGUGUUAUUUAUGUCGCUCCCAGUAGUCUUUCCCCCUCCCAAUCCAGUACACGGGCCAGCCUUCCUGUGACUAGAGCUGGCAGGAAUCCAUCUGUCUGAGUGGACACUGGGUGUCAUGGGAGUCUUUCCUCGUGAUCUGGUACCUGCUGGGCCCAAAGUCCCUCCUGGACUCUCUGGGACAGGUAGGACUGGUGGCCCAUCUACUCGUCGAUCCUUUGGCAAGCGCAGCAAGUCCUGAGGCUUUGCUCUCGUGUAUGUUAAUAAAAUCUUAGCUCUCAACCUUCUCUCUGCUGUUACUGUAGAUCUUGUACAGAUGCUUACGUUGUUGUGCAGGGAUGCCAGGAGCCAUUGGGGACUUUUUCUCUGCUGCUGUUGUCUUCUGCUGGCUACUGGGAAUAAAACUACGAGGGGUUUAGGGAGAAAUUUUACUGUGCACCAAGUCAGAUUUUAACUCUUUUUUUUUUUUUUUUUUUUUUUUGAGAGAGAGAGAGACAGGGGACUUUGCCUCUGGAACUGAAAACAGUUUUUAAAUAUCAAUGAAGGCAUCAGUUUGCCUCUUUCAGUGGAAAGAAGGAAUACUUUUAUCUUGUUUUCUGUGUGGAAUAGGGAAGGAUUUAUUUCUGUUCGGAAGCUGGUGGUUAAAUCCUGUCUUUCCCCUGUAUGUUUUGCUCUGCCCCCCUCUUUGGAAAAAGCAAGGAUUUUAGUCUUUGAACUUGAAACCACUUGACUGGGGUUGGAGGGAAGUGAAUAACUGAAUGUAGUUUGUUUUUAAUGCGUGCAUACUUCAUAGCAGGAGUUCAAAAAGCUCGGUUGUACUUGGUGUCUGAGGAACUGGAGCUCUGGAAGGAAAAGGUGUGUGACAUGACCCGGCGGACCUAGGGGUUGGCAGAAGCGUGAGGAAGUGCCCUGGAGCACAGCUCCUCUGGGGAGGUCGGGAGCCUGAGUGAUGCAUGAGGCGAUUUCAGGUGGACUUGCUGAGGCCGCUGCAGAGAGCGGGGAGCCGGACACAACUGGGCACUCGCUAUUAAAUGUGAGGCCUUAUUGUGGUGAACAUUUCUGCUUGUGGGUUACGUCUGCCUUGAAAGUGAACUUACCUGGAGGUGGUGCAAGCAGAGGAUGGAUUUGUUUAGACCCAGGUCAUGUGGUGAGGGAGCCGGCCUCUCUGUUGGGGCUCAGAGGUCCGACUGGAUCGGAAAGGGGAGAUAUUCUCCUGUUCCAAGCCAUAUUUGCUGCCCUAGGACUAGGACUUUGCUGUCUAGGUGGAAUAGGUGCUGGUAGUGGAUGCUGUUGGUAGCUCUUGAGAAGCUCUGCUGCUGGCUUUCAGUGGCUGCCAAAUCCUGAACCGGUGGAGUUGUCUGUGCGCACUGACCGGGGGAAACCUUGCUGUGAAGAGUCCUCCCUGGAGGGCUCUAGAAAAAUCCCUGUAUGCUUCUGGUUUCUGUUGAUUUCUUUCUUUCUUUCUUUCUUUCUUUUUCUCCUUUUCUUUUUUCUUUCUUUCUUUGAAACCAUUCUGAACACCUGUCUCUUGUUUAUGUUUUUUUCCUGUUUUGAAGGUCUUGGAAAAACGUUCUCAGACUCUCAUGUGCUGUAAGUUUGUUACAGUCCCAGAUGCUUUAAUGUUACCGUGCAGCAUUUCAGUGUGUGUUGUGCUGUAAAAUAAUGGCUCCUUACUCUUGCAUUUUUGCUGUAUUUAAUUUUGCUGUAUUUUUAAUUAGAUAACAAUAUAUUAUCUUCUGCUGACCGUUGUGCUACCAUUUAUUUCUCCUCUGUACUUGGGGUAGGGGCAGAGGGGAGGGAAGGGGAGCCUGGCAUUGUGUUCAGGCCCCAGUGGAGCCUUGAGCAGAGGAUCUGGGUGAGGCCCGAGAACAACCUUGGGCACUGCUAAAGUGCCACUUAAUUAAUACUACAGCUAGAUACUCGGAUGUGGGUAUUGCCCAAAGCGUUGCUGUUACAGGGUGAUGUACCUUGCCUCUCAGAGCAGCCUCUUUGCUCUAGGCUUUGCCAGCUGUGUCUGUAUUUUAGCUUAGCUGGAUUGCAGGGGCGGGGGGGGGACAGAGAGGAUCAGAUGGGAUGCUGUGUCUGAAUUGACUCUGCUCUGAGUGGGUCCCACUGGUCCUGGGACCGAUGCCAACCGCUCUUGCUUCUCUCCCUUUUGCUCAGGCACUGGAACUGUGCAGAUGGAAGAGGUGGGCACCAGCCCUCAGCAGGGAAGGCAGGAGGGUUACUGCCAUGAGACACAAACUAAGCAAAGUCUAGGGUAAAAGUGCUUGCGUUGUUCCCAGUCUCUCGGUGCCCGGGGUGUUACACUUGUGCAAUUUUUCUGUGCUUACACUACAUGCGAAGGAACUGAGCAGAGCUGCCUCUUCCCCCUUCGCUGCCCUGCUGGUGGUGGGAUGAGUAAUGUGGGCAGGAGGGGGAGUGACUUUGACUUGCAUUUGUAUUUUGGUCCCCAACUGUGUAUAUACAAUUUUCUAUGUUCCUUUUUUUGUGGUAACUAAGAUGAAUAUUUUAAUUAGAUAAGUUAUAUGAAAAGAGGAAAACCAUGUCUCAAUAAAAGCCAAACACUGGACCG